UCCACUGACCAGCGCGAUUGUGUUUUCGCCUACCUAUUUAUAUUUUCAUAGUUGUUGCCAUGAAAGCAAAUAGACCCAAACGCGAUGUCCAUCCCGACCUGGCGAGAGAGAGGCUUAAAUGUAACUUCAAUAUUGAAGAAGUGACCAAUAUUAUAGAUGGAGGAAAAGAUAAAACUUUGGAGAGGAAAAAAAUUGAGGACAUAGCACUAAACAACGGAGCUUGUCUGGAUGAAAUACCGGAUGAAUGUCUAAGUAUUAAAGAAAGGUACGAAAACGCUAUACGCAAAUCAUGCAUCUACUCCAAUAUUGUCCGGAAUGAAAUGCUUGAAAUUACGGGAAUGGAAAAUUUCGAGUCCCCAGUUCUCAGACGCACUGCAGAUGCGUUCUUCAAGGACAUCUCACCGUUCAUGCUUCACCUGGGCAUGUUUGUGCCGACGCUUAUCGGACAGAGCACGCCGGAGCAGAUGGCUGAAUGGCUGCCCAAGGCUCUGGACAUGAAGAUAAUCGGGGCUUAUGCACAGACAGAGCUCGGCCACGGAACCUUCAUCCGUGGUUUGGAGACCACGGCUACGUACGAUCCUGAUAAAGAAGAAUUCGUUCUGCACAGCCCCACUAUUACUUCCUACAAAUGGUGGGCAGGGGGACUUGGUAAAACAGCAAACCAUUGUGUGGUGAUGGCCCAGCUAUACACGCAGGGGGAAUGUCACGGAACUCAUCUGUUUAUCGUACAAAUUCGAGACCUGGAUACACAUAUGCCACUCCCCGGUAUAAAGGUUGGCGAAAUCGGACCAAGAAUGGGCUUCAGUAGUGCAGACAAUGGUUUCUUAGGGUUUAAUAGUUUUAGAAUACCUAGACAGAACAUGCUGAUGAAACAUGCCAAAGUUGAAAAGGAUGGCUGUUACGUGAAAUCAGCAAAGCACGGGAAGCUAACGUACGGUACAAUGGUGUUCAUUAGAGUGACCCUCGUGAGCGAAAUGUCUUUCAAUCUAUCCAAGGCUGCCACUAUUGCUAUCCGGUACUCAGCUGUUAGAAGACAAACUGAACUUAGACCUAAUGAACCAGAGCCUCAAAUAUUGGACUAUCCAACUCAGCAGCACAAGUUAUUCAUAUGCAUAGCAACCGCACACGCAUUCCAACUUACUUCAAAGUGGUUGUGGGAUACCUUCCAAGCUGUCAUGGCUGACGUGCGUAAAGGCAACGUUGAUGCAUUGCCAGAGCUGCACGCAUUAUCAAGUUGUCUGAAGGCUGUGAGUACAUCGGAUGCACUCUCACAUAUAGAGCAGUGCAGGUUUGCGUGUGGCGGCCACGGGUACAUGCUGUCAUCCAACCUGCCCUUCAUUUACUCCUUUGUCGCAGCUACUAGAACCUAUGAAGGCGAUUAUACUGUACUACUUCUGCAAACUGCAAGAUUUUUGGUGAAAGCUUGGGAGCAAGCAGAAUCUGGAAAUAAUGUGACGCCAACUGUGGCUUAUUUGAAUCGGACUGCAAAUACUAAGCGAGUAGUCUGGGACAAUACUCACGAAGGAAUUAUACAAUCAUUCCAAGCAAUUGCUGCAGGUAAAAUAGGUCAAUGUGUAAGAAGUAUACGGGAUCGAAUCAAAUCUGGGAUGGAUUAUGAAGACGCAUGGCUCAUGACAACUGUUCAGUUGGUGGCAGCGGCAGAGGCACACUGUCGGGCUGUAUUAGUUAAUACAUAUUGGAAUGAAAUGAUAAGGUUGACUAAAUCAUCGAGCGCUAAUGUGAAGACGGUGAUGCAUCAGUUGGCGGUGCUGUAUCUUAUGUACUGGGCACUGGAGAAGACUGGUGAUUUAUUAAAAUAUUCAUCAGUAUCCAAACAAGAUCUCGACGAUCUGCAGAGGCGCUACGAAGAGCUCCUUGCAGCGUUGAGACCGAACGCUGUCUCGCUUGUCGAUGCGUUCGACUUAAGAGAUGAGAUUCUACAUUCAUCUCUUGGAUCCUAUGACGGCUGUGUCUAUGAACGAUUGAUGGAAGAAGCCCAGAAAAGUCCAUUGAACGCGGAACCUGUCAACCCAAGCUUCCACAAAUAUAUCAAACCGCUCAUGCAAGGAAAGUUAUGAAAACUCAUGACAUUCGAGUAUUCUUUAGUUUUUUUAGAUACAUGAUAUAUUUUCAGGGCAGUUUCUAACUAAAUCGUGAGCUAUUUUAAUAAUAGAAAGAUAAUUUAGCAUAAUUUCAAUGUCGUUCGCAAAUUACAGGUAUUUUUCAAUUCAAAAAAUACCUGUAAUUUGCUAUAACCAUGAUUUGAUAUUUGGCUAUGAAAUUAUAAUUGUGUGAUAAUAUAUCACUUAAAAUUUAAUCAAGGAUUUAUAAAAAAAUAAUUUGAUGGUUUCUACGCACAUAACAUCAUUUACAAACAUUCUAGAAAUAAAAAUUCAAAAUUAAUUUAUUUCAGUUAGGCUUGGUGUACAAGCACUUUUGAAACGUCAUGUUAUGUCAUGAUUUAAUGGUGGUAAGUAAAGUCGAAAAUUUAAAAUUAAAGUUAAGAGGGUUCCAAAGCGCCUUGGUCUGAGUAGAGCCCACAACAAACUCAGCCAAGGUUUAUUUUUUAUAACUCCAUAAAUAAUGAAAAAAAUCUUCUAUUGUACGGAACGUAAUCGACACUAUGUACAUAUAAUAAAAAAAUAUAUAGAUAGCUCCUAGGGAAUCAAGUAGACGUAAAGUAAGUAUUUCAGAGGCUGUUUAUUGUGCUCUUGUAAAUAAAAUGAAUUUCUGUGAUAAGAUAUAAUAUAUAAUGUUAUCAUGUGGUGAUUGUUGAACGAUAAAUAAAUGUUUGUU